CCAGUCAAGAGCUGAUAGCUCCGUGAGCCAAGGUUUAGAAAAAAUCCCGCCGAUCACCGCAUUUCUUAUAGAGCCAGUUAACCAGAAUACCCUUGCUUAAUACUCCCACAGGUCUGAUGUCAAAACCGGCGUUGAGUCUGUGUGCUUCUGCAGAUACGGGGGCGAGGUUGUGAUUUUUUUCGCCGGUUUUUAUUUUUUUGGCCGGAAGUGUUUCGCCGGGCUGAUGAAGGCUUCUUCGCUGCAACUCAGUUGAGUUGAAGCGGAACCGGCGGUUCUCCAACCGUUUCCGACCGGACAUUGGAGUUGAAAUCCGGAGAAAUCAUCCAAAUCCCCACAUUGCUCGCGCCAAAAAUCUGCAAUUUGGAUGGGGGCAGGGGCGUCCAGCAUGAUGGGGCCGGAGGGUUACGGCCGGGGACGGAGCCAGACGUCGCUGGGUGACAUGCCGGAGAGCUGCGUGGCGCUGGUGCUGCUCUACCUCGACCCGCAGGAGAUCUGCCUCGUCGCGCGCCUGAACCGGGCGUUCCGCGGCGCGGCCUCCGCCGAUUGCGUCUGGGCCGCUAAGCUUCCCGCCAACUACCGGUACCUCGCCGCGCUCGCCGCCGCUGCCGACGACGAAUGCGGCUGCGACGAAUCAACCGAGGGCAAUGGCAGGUGCUGCUCCUCUGCGGCGAUCAAGAAGGAGAUAUACGCGCGCCUCUGCCGGCCCACUCCCUUCCACGGGGGCACCAAGGAAUUCUGGAUUGAGAAGAACAGUGGAGGCCUUUGCUUGUCCAUCUCCUCAAAGGCUAUGGCGAUCACAUGUAUCGAUGAUCGGAGGUACUGGAGCCUUCUGCCCACAGAGGAAUCAAGAUUUCAUAGUGUUUCCUAUCUUCAGCAAAUUUGGUGGCUUGAGGUGGUUGGGGAGAUUGAUUUCUGCUUUCCUGCUGGUUCAUACAGCCUUUUCUUCCGGCUCCACUUGGGCCUACCGCGCAAGCGGAUGGGCCGCCGGGUCUCUGGCUCUGAGCUUAUCCACGGUUGGGACAUCAAACCAACGCAGUUCCAGCUCUCAACUUCAGAUGAUCAGCACAGCACAUCUGAACGUUAUCUAGAGAGACCAGGAACCUGGAUCCUCUACCAUGUCGGCGAUUUUGUUGUAUCGAGUUCAGAUGAGCUGACCAAACUCAAGUUCUCUAUGAUGCAGAUUGAUUGCACACAUACAAAAGGUGGUCUUUGUGUCGACUCUGUUUUUAUAUACCCCAAGGAUCACCAACACGAGAAGGAGCGCAUAAUCUGCAAGUAAUUUUUGUAAAACCGCUGCAUCACUCCAUGGGGGUGCUUGAGUGGGUUGCCUAGCCUCUCUCUCUCUCUCUCUCUCUCUCUCUCUCUCUCUCUCUCUCUCUCUCUCUCUCUCGUGAUCAUUCUUGUCCAAAAGCCCAAUGUGCAUAUUCUUUUUUCAGAGAGUUUUGCAUGAACAUAAGGUCUUGUUCUGUAUUUUUUUUGUAGCGUUAGUGAAAUAAUUAGGGAGGUCAGAAGAUUUCGGGUCUGUGAUGAGAAGUAGGGUGGCCCACAACUGCAGGUCUGCCAGCCUUUCUAUUUUGCUGGAUCCUUCGCUGGCAAAGCAGGUGUUACAAGCCCACGACUGCGGCCAGGCUCGGAGAUUGGGCUUACUAUUUGGACACACAUCAGAUUCUCGACCCCAGUGUUUGGAACGCCGACGCCGGCGAGGCUCGGAGAUCGCUCCGCCGCCGCAUGCCAAAUUCUAGGAGUAAACGCGAAGCUGCAGAUCUCCGAACGGAUUGCAGCGAACUCCACACGAACGAGCGCAGCGUGUGCCGAUCGAGUUGGCCCUGGUCGGAGUUUCAAAUGACGACCCCCCCCCCCCCCCCCGGUGGGGUCCCAUCAAGCGCACGCGAUGGAUCGUCGUGUCGGCGCCGGACGCGAUGGCUCUGUGAGACGAUUAGUCCGGACGCCGGACGCAGCGAGUUCUAAACGAGCAAGCCACGCGAUGGAAUCGACCGUGGUCGGAGUUUGAGACGACCGCCCCCUGGUCGGUGUCUGAAGUACCGACCACCCUCGGUCGGGGUCUGGAGCACCGAUCCCGGCCCCAGUUCACCAUUGUCGCCCGCGCGGGGAAGCAGGCGGCCAAUGGGCGAUUCGAUCGAUCGUCGUGUCGGCUCCUGCACCCCUCGAAUUCGGCGCCGCUCCCUUCGCCCCCAAUCCCAUGCCCUGUUGCCUUCGUCUUCCUGGCGUGGUGAGCUUUCUUCUAUCAAAUAUUCUGGAAAGUUCUAGAAUAAAGGGUUUUAGGCAUCGUGGUUUCGUCCUAUCGCCUGCGGAACGUGAUUCUUCUUACGUCGCUUCCAACAUAAGCGUGGAAAUUCUGUAAACAGCCCAAUACGAUUCGUGUUAUUUUACUCGAGGAGAAGCUAGCCGGCAAAUUCUUCCAAAGUAAUGCUGAAUUGAAUUUUGCCUUCCCUGA